AUGAGAGACAGUUCUAGGAAAGCUGUGAGAAUUGAUGCAUUUAUCACAGAUGGAUUCUGUAGGAGGAAUAAUUUCAAAAAUUUUUCAGAUCAUGUGGGAGAUGUUGAUAGUUUUCAUAACAACGCAGUUAUGAAGUGUGAAAAUUUGAUGAAACAAGGAUUACCUUUUCGUGGUCAUGAUGAGUCUGAAAAAUCUGCUAAUCGAGGAAACUUUGUGGAACUUUUUAAGUACACUGCUGAUCAGAAUGAAGUUGAAGUAGUCAAAUCUAUUAUUGAAGAGAUUGAUCAUGAUGUUUUUGCUUUGUUGGUGGAUGAAUCUGCUGACGUUUCUGAUAAAGAACAAAUGGCAGUAGUGUUUAGAUUUGUUGAUAAAAGUGGGAUAGUCAAAGAGAGAUUCUUGAGUAUUACACAUGUGAGUGAGACAUCUGCAACAUCUUUAAAAUCUGCUAUUGAUAAUUUGUUUGCUAAAUAUGGAUUGAGUAUUAAAAAGUUGAGAGGGCAAGGCUAUGAUGGAGCGGUGGGAGCUUCAUGCAAAAGAAAAGAUAUGAUCCGAGAGAGUCAUAGAAAAAAGAUUCAAGAAGAAAUUAAUAAUGGUGAAAGAAGUACUGGAACAGGGUUUAAUCAAGAGAUCUCUCUUCAAAGACCAGGAAAUACCCGUUGGAGUUCUCACUACAGAACUCUAGUGCGAUUGAUUGAGUUAUUUUCUUCUAUAAUCGAGCUUCAAGAAUUUAACAACCGCUUUAAUGAGGUGAACACUGAAUUGCUUAUUUGUGUUGCUUCUCUAUCUCCCAUUGAUGCAUUUUCUGAGUUUGAUCACUCAAAGUUAUUGACGUUAUCUAAGUUCUAUCCAGAUGACUUUAGUUCGGGGGAGUUCAUAUCUCUUGAGCAAGAAUUAUCUAUCUACAUUGAUAAUGUACGAAAUGAUGACAUAUUUUCUAAUUUGAAGAAUCUAGGGGACCUUGCUCGAUUGUUGGUGGAAACACGAAAACAUAUGUCAUAUCCUUUGGUUUACAAGCUUUUGAAGUUGGUUUUGAUUUUGCCGGUUGCUACUACAACUGUUGAGAGAUGUUUUUCAGCCAUGAAAUUCAUAAAGACGCAUCGACGUAAUCGGAUUGGAGAUGAAUUUUUGAAUGGUUGUUUAGUUUGUUUUAUCGAGAAAGAUGUGUUCAAUACUAUUACAAAUGAGACUGUGAUAAAAAGAUUUCAGAACAUGAAGAAUCAUAGAAUGCUAUUGUAG